CAAGGGCUAACCGUGGUCCAUAGAGUAACUACUCUAACAGUGGGUAUUGAUAAUAAAAAAGCGGGAAUUUUGUUAUCUAAAAAAUAUCUAAUUCAUAUAUUUUAUUAUGACAAAAUCACAGUUUUCAUUAUUUUUUAUCAACAGCGCGUGGUAUAUACUGUUUUUACUUAUUAUAAAAUGUCCAAGGACUGAAGAUUUAAAGUAGAAAAAUGAGGAAACGACGUUUAUCAUAUUGGAUCAAUAGUAAUCUAUAAUAUUAUAAGUUGACAUAUUUUAGUUUUUUUUAUUUCUAAUCGGUAAUCGGUUCCUGUUCUAAAGACUUUUGUACUUGUAAGUAUGAUAGUGAACAUCUACACAAAGUUUUGAAUAGCUGUCAUUAAAAUGAAAAGAACUCACAGUAAAGCGCAAAAGAUUGAAUCUGGUGGUACUAAACAAAUGAAAAUCACUUCUCUCUUUACUGCAACUUGUACCCCACAACCAGUUUCAAAAAAUGAAAAUUGCAAUAAAGAUGAAUGUUUGUCUCCUGCACGGUCUGAAGUUUCUAGUCCCGAUAUUGUUCUCCCAUCUCCAGUACUGAACAAAAAGAAAAUCAUUAAGGCAAAAAGAAGUUUAAACAAUAUCUUGGCUGAAAAUGCAGUUGUUGAUGUAAUAACUCCUGCAAAUGUUUCACCUUUUUCUAAAAAAUUAUUGAAUUUAAGUACAAAAAAAAAUGUGUUACUCAAAUCUGAGGACAGUCUCGAUAUUGACGAUCAGUCAUUUACGGGCACAGAUUCUGUUACUAGUACAAUUGAUGAUGUGGAUUUUGGUUCUGAUCUGUUUUCUGACGAUUGGAUUAUAUCUAGUCAGCCAAACAUAAAAGAUCUAGAUUUAUGCCAACCUCAACGAUGUACAGUGAUAAAAGUUGAAAAGGAUUCGGUAAAAAUAUGUUUGACGUUGAAUUCUUGCACAAAUCUUGAAGAACAAAGUUUGUGUUCUCUCAGUGGUAUUUGGCUUCAUAGUAUAUUUGAAAUAGGAGACAUUGUAACAGUGAUGGCAGAAAAAUUUGACAAUAUAUGGUCAGUCAGUAAUGAUUUUGGAUUUGUGGCUAGACACUCGGACUUUUUGGUAUCCGGUACGACCAUUGUCGGCUCACUUUUUUGUGCUCGACGUUCAGUCUUGACGGACAUUUACAGAGGUCUCGAUUGUUGUGCGGCUAAUAUGGUUAUGGGAACAUUACUUCAUCAGUUGUUACAAACAGUGUUAAAGGGAAAACAGUUCGACUCCAAACACAUUACAGGAAUAGUUAAUGAAAUGACCGGCAACCUAAAUUUCAUUCGUACUCUUUAUGAAUCGGACAUGGAUUUGGAAACAACAAAAAAAGAACUCACAGAAUUCAUACCGAAAAUUCAAAGCUUUGUUAGAACUUAUGUAGUUGGUCAUAAAAAGGGAAAUGAUAAAAAGACUUGGCAAGGAGAAAUAGUUUCUGUUCAAGAUAUAGAAGAAAAUUUAUGGGUACCCGAAUUUGGUAUUAAAGGAAAAGUUGAUGUAACAAUUAAAGCGAACUACAAUAGAAAUUCCAAGAUAAUGCCGGUAGAGUUAAAAACAGGGCGAGCUUCAGGUAGUGAAGAGCAUCGUGGCCAGGUCAUCUUAUAUGUAAUCAUGAUGGCACAACUUGGAAUGGAUGUCGAUUCUGGUUUAUUGUUGUAUCUUAGAGAAAAUGUCUUAACACACGUUAAAGUAGGCCAUAAAGAGAAACGAGACUUGAUUAUGCUUCGUAAUCGUUUGGUACAUUAUUUAAAGUCAAACAGAGUAGUCAUGGAUUCCAUUGAUAAAUAUAUACCCAUACUACCAGAGCCAAUAAACCAUCAUAGUGCAUGCGGAAAAUGCCCGUACUUAACAAUAUGCAGCUCCGUACUGAGUAAAGAGAGUUUUGAAACAUUGGCUCAAAAUAAUCCUCUUAGAAACUUAGGCCCCAAAGCAAUUAGUCAUUUAAAACCCGAGCACAUAGAUUAUGUGAUGCGGUGGACUGGGUUAUUGCAGUUAGAAAACUACAUAGACACCAGUGAUAACUUACUAGCAAAAACUAGUGAUAUAUGGACUCUGCCCAUUGAAGAACGAGAAAGACGUGGCCAUUGUAUCGCUUCUUUGAAAAUAUCAAAAGCUGUCAAAGAACAGGGCGAUAAAUAUUACGUGCAUACAAUGGAGAAAUUUGAUAAAAAUGUUCAUAUUAAUUUUAAACUAACUGGUUUUUCUGUCGGCGGUUAUUCCAUAAUCAGUACAAAUGAAAGAACGGCAAUAGCUACUGGCUUUAUUUCUUCUCUGACCGAAUCGUCUGUAGAAUUGCUGUUAGAUCGGGAUUUGAGUAAACUAAAGAGUACCGUUUACCAUUUAGAUAAGUACGAGUCACAAUCGAUUAUUGCAUUCAAUUUUUCUAGUUUAGCCCUAAUAUUAGAGCCUAGUGAUAGUUCGGCACAAUUAAGGCGUUUUAUCAUUGACAAAGAGACGCCUACAUUUUUAUCAUCGACCAGUAGUUUAGACGAUCUUACAAAAGGCACCGAACUUAUGUCAAAACUAAAUUCUUCUCAAAGAUCAGCUAUUAUCAAGGUUUUAGCUGCUAAACAUUUCGCACUGAUCAAGGGUAUGCCUGGAACCGGUAAAACGUCCACACUAGCUACUCUUGUACAGUUGUUGGUAUUGAUGGGUCGCUCAGUUUUGAUUACUUCACAUACUCAUUCGGCUGUCGAUAACUUAUUGUUGAUUCUAAACAAAAAAGGCAUCGAUUUUCUCCGAUUGGGUUCUAAAACUCGUGUUCAUCCUACCUUGCUGUCAAAGUGUGACGAAAUCGCCACUCAAAACUUUGAUACUCCAGAAAAGUUAUCAAAAUUUUAUAACCAAAUUCAAGUUGUUGGUGUAACGUGCCUCGGAUGUGGUCACGCAUUGUUACAAAAGCGUAUUUUCGAUAUUUGCAUUGUAGAUGAAGCCACCCAAGUGGUACAGUCAUCAGUAAUUGCAGCUCUUCAUUCUUCCAAAAUAUUUAUUUUGGUUGGCGAUCCACAACAGUUGCCUCCUUUGAUUAAAAAUAAAAAAGCAAAAGAACUCGGUAUGGACAUUAGCAUGUUCGAGAGGCUAGACAGGCCAUCCGUAACUGCGGUUCUUCACGUUCAAUAUCGAAUGAACGGAUCUAUUGUCGAUCUUGCCAAUAAGUACACUUAUAAUGGAAGUUUGGAAUGUGCUAACGAUGCAGUGAAAUGUGCUACUUUAAAUCUUAAAGAAACUGAAGAUAGUCAUAUCGAGUGUGAAUGGCUAAAAGCAGUCGCAUCGUCAGAUCUGAAUAAAUCUGUGUUACUUUUAGACACCGGAACUGUAAAUAUUAACACGAAUGACAGUAAUAUAAUUGAAGUUAACAUUGUAAAGAAAAUAGUUUUACUUUUAACUCGAGGUGGAAUUUUGGGCUCAUCAAUUGGCGUUAUUGCGCCUUUUAGAGCACAAGUCACUCUCCUAAAGAAUACUAUAUACCCUGUCGAUCCAGAUAUCGAAGUGAAUACGGUCGACCAGUACCAAGGACGCGACAAAGAAGUGAUAAUCUACUCGUGUACCAAAAACACUUUCUCCAAAGAUGUUGGAAUAUUGAGCGAUAAAAGAAGGAUAACUGUAGCUAUUACGAGAGCUAAGCACAAGCUAAUAUUAGUAGGCAACGUAGCUACAAUGAAAUGCUAUGAUACAUUUAAUAGUUUAUUUAGUCAUAUUUCCAAUGUGAUCAAACUACCUCAAGACUGUGUUUGAAGUUAUUUACUUUCGGUCAAUACACACAUUAUUGUAUCAAAUUUUUUUUUUUUAUGACUACGCUACCUCAUAUAGUAUUUUGCUGUUUAAUGU